AACGGACAUUAAACCAGUGGAAAUCUGUACUUUCGUCUGAGUCACAAGUUUUCCAUCUUUGGUUGGACCCGCUCUGUCUGUAAGAAGCAGGAAAGAAUGGAGAACUCUGUGGCGGAUCCACCGUCGCUGCCGGACAGAGUCGCGGGCCAAACCGCGGCGACCUCCGGUCAGCUGUCCGACUCUGCCAGGUCCUCCAGGCGACGGGGUCACCUGGACAAGUCUCCAAGGAGACGGCGGAAGGCAACGGGGUCGCGGCGACGGCGGGCCGGCGACGGGCAGCUGCUCUCGGAGAUUGAGCGCCGCAGGUUGCCUGGCCAACGUGAGCACUUGGAGGCCUCUGGCUCGGCGAGCGACACGGCGGAAAGCUCUCCUAAGAGGAGAGCCCACUUUCUACAUGGACCGUAUCCAGCCACUCACUUCGGACCCAAAGCCUGUAUUCUUCCCAACCCGACUUCAGUCAUGCACAUCCAGGACCCGGCCAGCCAGCGGCUCACCUGGAAUAAACCGCCCGCCAACGUGCUCGUCAUCCGGAAGAUCCGGGAUGAGAGCCUCGUCGAGCCUUUCAAAGAGCUCUGCAGGUUUCUAGUGGAGGAGAAGCAGAUGAUGGUGUACGUGGAGCGCAGGGUCGCAGACGAUGCUACGCUGUCAAAGGACGAGGCCUUUGGCUCCAUCCGCAACCAGCUCUGCACCUUCAGGGAAGGUUUUGAUGAUAUCUCUGAGUGCAUAGACCUGAUCAUCUGUCUGGGUGGAGAUGGGACUCUGCUCUACGCCUCCUCUCUCUUCCAGGGCAGCGUCCCCCCGGUCAUGGCGUUUCACCUCGGAUCGCUGGGUUUCUUGACGCCCUUCAAAUUUGAGUCCUACAAAACCGAAGUGGCCAAAGUGUUUGAAGGCAACGCCGCCAUCACUCUGCGCAGUCGUCUCAAAGUGAAGGUGGUGAAGGACAUGCUUCAGAGGACAGGCCAGCAGCAGCAAGAACACAAUGGACUGCUUCCUCAUGGACACGCCAACAACGAGGCGGGAAAGGUCACCCUGCAGCUACAGGUGUUGAAUGAGGUGGUGGUGGAUCGAGGCCCGUCCUCCUACCUGUCCAAUGUGGACUUGUACCUCGACGGGCGGCUCAUCACCUCCGUGCAGGGAGACGGUGUGAUUGUGUCCACGCCUACAGGCAGCACGGCGUAUGCAGCCGCAGCAGGAGCCUCCAUGAUCCACCCCAACGUACCCGCCAUCAUGGUCACCCCCAUCUGCCCACACUCGCUCUCCUUCAGGCCCAUCGUUGUGCCGGCUGGGGUGGAGCUCAUGAUCACCUUGUCCCCCGAUGCCAGAAACACCGCCUGGGUGUCGUUCGACGGCAGGAAGAGACAGGAGAUCCAGCACGGAGACUGCAUCAAAAUUACAACGUCUUGUUACCCGGUGCCCUCCAUCUGCUGCCAUGACCUCGUGUACGACUGGUUCGAAAGCCUGGCUCAGUGUUUGCACUGGAACGUACGCAAGAGGCAGGAGCGACUGGCAGACGUCUCCGACUCCUCAGACACCGAAAACUGAUCCGGCAGGUGCUUUUUCUGCAGCUUUCUGGCAGCGUUGAAGACUUUUUGAAGACUGCAUGUAUUGAGCAUAUAGUGAUUAGAUCUCACACAUGUGAGAAAGUGUGUUAUGACAUGCGCUUAGUACUCAGUAUUAUACAGGGGGGGGGAGCAUGAUGCCCCAAAAUGGAAGGAAGAUAAAUUGCAUGAAUGUGUGUAACAUGUCGGCGUUAGUCAAAGUCUAUGGGAUUAUAGUUGGAAAAGAACCUAAAUGUAUAUUUGUAUAUACAUAAAUAUUUAAUGUCCUAUUUCUAUUUAUUUAGACAAACGAGUCAGCCAAAGGAUACGGUUGAUUGUUCUGUAAAGAUGCAGCAGUCUCUCCUGUGUGUACGUCCCAAAAGAGAGAACAUAUUAAUUGCUUUCUUCCUUAACUCAUUAUACAUGAUGUAGAACAAAACUAAAUAGAACAAGUUGGAGAAACAUCCAACGGUCUAGUUAUUAAACUGCCAAUGUGAUGGGAGGUAUUGCAAAAUAAAGUUUGAAUAUUCAUUUU